AUGAAACAUAAUAAAAUUGCCUUUGAAAAGCAACAAAGUAGCAACAAACACGAUCCUAAACCAAAAGGAGUUCAUGAAAAUAAUCGAAAAUACCGAAAGAGACAAAUUCCUAAUUUGAUUGACAUG